CGUUGCGGUCACUAGGUGGCGGUGUUUUGCGUCUAGACAGCAGGAAGUUAAAUAACAUCCACAUCACAUCCGUGAACCAAAACAGCAACAAAAAGGUCUGAGCCAGUCCCAUCAAGGUUCUGCUAAGACAGUUUAUAGAUGCCAUCUGGAGCUCCAACGGGGGAGAACUGUCUCGUAGACAUGGAGAGCAAAGCUGGAGACCUGUUCAGCGCUGAGGAUGCUCAUCCAACUGGCACAGGUGGAGCUGGAUUCUUGGCAAAGCUCUGGUUCCCCAAAGGCCUCUCAGUCGGUAUGGCUAAAGAGUGGAUCGACAGGCGUCGGGUGUCCAUUCGACCAUGGGCCAGCUUCGUGGACCAACGCAAGUUUUCAAAACCCCGCAACUUUGGAGAGUUGUGUCAGAGGGUGGUGAAAAACGUGGACACUUUUAACAGCAACUAUACCUUCAUCUUCCUGGGUCUAAUCCUCUACUGCAUUAUCAGCUCUCCCAUGCUACUGAUUGCCUUGGCUGUGUUCGUUGGUGCCUUCUACAUAAUUCACCUCAAGUCCUUGGAGUCCAAAUUGGUUGUCCUCGGCAAGGAGCUGACUGUCCCUCACCAGAUGAGUCUGGCCGGAGCUGUUUCUCUACCUGUGUUCUGGUUAGCUGGAGCUGGAGCUGCAGUAUUUUGGGUUCUGGGAGCAACGCUGUUUGUGAUUGGCUCUCAUGCUGCGUUUCGUGAGUUGGAGGGAUCCGACUUUGAAGAGCUCCUAAUGGAGCCUGUGUGAAAAGCAGGCUCCACCCUGUAAUCACAUUGGCCCAGUGGGGUUGAGGAAGAGCUGUUCCUAGAUCUGUUCCUUCCUGUGCGUAUUCCCUGUAUUAGAAUGCACCUUGUCUUGCCUCUGAAGUAGUUGUUGUUACAGACUAUAUUGCCUUUUAUUUAAACUCAUUCAUACACAUAACUUUCCAUAUGCACAAAAAAUAAUUUGUUAAUAACUAUUUAAGCACAUACAAAUGUUACGCCUUUCUCUGCUAAUGUUAUACCUUGAAUGCCUCUGGUUUGUGUCAAACAGCCUUUUUUUCCCUGCAAUUUACCUUACACACAGACAUAUCUUCCAUUUAUGAAUCUCUUAUAUUCUUUAUCUGUGAUCUACUAUAGAUAUCUUUAGAAAUGGCUCCCGUGUCUGAACCACGUGACAAGAUUGCUGCUUUCUUAUAUAAAGAUAAUGUAUACAAUAAAUGCAAUGUUUGCAAUUCUAAACUGCUACAAACAAAAUCCAUUUUCCAAAGGAAAAGUGCCAUGUAAAGCUUUAAAAUCUCUUAUAAUAAUCAAUACUACAUUUUUUUAUUUAGCAGAAUACAAAAACACAUUUGGCAUCUCCGAUAGGGUACUUAACAUAGAUAGGUUGAUGAGAAGACAUC